AUGACAGACGAACUUAGUGGAAGCCAUCCGCACAUCUUUCUUUUCGAAGGCUUGUCUAGAAAAUAUCUAUCUUUCAAAGCCUCUUCCUCUCGCUUCCUUAGUUUCUUCUCCGCUGUUCUUACGUUUCUUGCUCCUCUCCAGUCAAUAUCCAGCCAGAAGAAGCAAGUUAGCUGGAGGACACAGUGUUCGAUAGUGACUUCUUCACAAUGUUAUUAA